AUGCACAUAAGCAGGCUCCGUUGUCCGGAAUAUGUAAGCCCUUUCAUGGAGCAAUCCCAACAUCACGUCACCGAAAGCCUACCGGUGACGCUGGACCCCGGGAUGUUACCCAAGCCUGCUGUGCGCACUGAGGGACCGAUUGCGCGAUGA